GGUUGAUCAGUCACCCACAGAACAGUCCAUCCUUCAUCAUUCUCUUCCUCUGACAGGUAUCUGAAGGCAAAUCUGUCCCCUUGUGGAAUAUUUUUGUACUUCACACAUAUGAGUAUGCAGCUGGUUGUCAUGGCAGUGCUGCUUGUUCUGGUGAAGGCCGAAUCCAACUGUGGGUCUGGCUGCCAACUAACUAACAUCUCCAUCACCUUGGAGAAGACAGAAUGUGGGAGCCACCCUGUUACAAUCGAAACCACCUCCUGUGCCGGCAUGUGUGAAACCAAGGACUGGAACUAUUUUAGCCCUUUGGUACAGGUACCUCAGGCCACCUGCAACUUCAAAGAGUGGUCCUAUGCGACUUACUACAUCCAAGACUGCCCCUUUGGGGUGGACCCAGUUUUAACGUACCCUGUGGCCAAGAGCUGUGCAUGUACAACGUGUUCCAUUGCCAGCACGGCGUGUGAUCCCAUGCACAGGGACAUGGCAAGUUGCCUGUCCUUCUGAAGAGAAAAUUGCUUGAUGAGCAUUAACAUAAAUAUACAGUACAGCCAUUAUUUGCAAUGCCAGAAAAAUACAUUAUUGUGUCCUCUAAUGCUUGAAACUUGAAAAUAAAAAAGAUUAUCAGCCA